UUUUUUUUCUUUGUGUAUACUGCCAUCCCUGUUAUGGCCACAAUGAACUUCAUAUUUAUUGUGUUUCUAAAUGUGUAAGUCAUUUUGUAUUAUGUGCGUCAAAAAAUAGUGUCUUCUUGAGAUUUGGCAUUUCAUACUUCCUGCAAGUAUGAAAUAUGAUUGCUGCAUAUUUUUCUGAGGCAUCGGGCCUGUGUGGUUGGUAGACAUUAUCUCCAUCUCAUGAGGGAUGGAUGUUAAAAUUAACAUCUGAUUUUGUUUACCAGAGAAAAGAUCAUAGGUUAUAUUUUCUGGAACAAGUGAUAUGUUCUAUAUUGUGAGCACCAAACAUCUUGAGAACAAAUGAAUGUAAAGGAUUUUUAGAAAGAAGCCACGAGGAAUAUUAUGGCCAUUUAUUUGCUAUUAAUGAAUGCACAGUGUUCUGUAAAAUAAUCAUGUUAACCAGUACACUGGUCUUCCUGUAUCAUCAUUUCCUUAAUAGUCUGCCAAGCAAUGCUGAAUCAAAGAUAGCAUUAAAGGAAUUAGAAUCAGCUGCUGAAGCGGAUAUGUUUACAUCCUAUAAAAUUCUUUAAAAAUAAUUGUAAAAACACAAGCCUCAAUUUCUUUGAUCAUGCUACUGGAUGAAAGGAGUAUGUGGCUGUAAAUAAAUUUCUUUCUCUUGAGCAAGUAUCUGAGCAGAAGAUCAUAAUGUCUCCACAGCUAGUUCCUUGUGGAUCCACAUUUGUGCCUUUUCCACGACUUCAACCAUCAAUACCUGAUUCAAAAGAAAGGGUACAAGUUGAAUUCUAUAUGAAUGAAAACACAUUUAAAGAGAGACUAAAAUUAUUUUUCAUAAAAAACCAGAGAUCAAGUCUAAGGAUACGCCUGUUCAAUUUUUCUCUCAAAUUACUAAGCUGCUUAUUAUACAUAAUCCGAGUACUACUAGAAAACCCUUCACAAGGAAAUGAAUGGUCUCAUAUCUUUUGGGUGAACAGAAGUCUACCUUUGUGGGGCUUACAGGUUUCAGUGGCAUUGAUAAGUCUGUUUGAAACAAUAUUACUUGGUUAUCUUAGUUAUAAGGGAAACAUUUGGGAACAGAUUUUACGAAUACCCUUCAUCUUGGAAAUAAUUAAUGCAGUUCCCUUCAUUAUCUCAAUUUUCUGGCCUUCCUUAAGAAAUCUAUUUGUCCCAGUCUUUCUGAACUGUUGGCUUGCCAAGCAUGCCUUGGAAAAUAUGAUUAAUGAUCUACACAGAGCCAUUCAGCGUACACAGUCUGCAAUGUUUAAUCAAGUUUUGAUUUUAAUAUCUACAUUACUAUGCCUUAUCUUCACCUGCAUUUGUGGGAUCCAACAUCUGGAACGAAUAGGAAAGAAGCUGAAUCUCUUUGACUCCCUUUAUUUCUGCAUUGUAACGUUUUCUACUGUGGGCUUCGGGGAUGUCACUCCUGAAACGUGGUCCUCCAAGCUUUUUGUCGUUGCUAUGAUUUGUGUUGCUCUUGUGGUUCUACCCAUACAGUUUGAACAGCUGGCUUAUUUGUGGAUGGAGAGACAAAAGUCAGGUGGGAACUAUAGUCGACACAGAGCUCAAACAGAAAAGCAUGUUGUUCUGUGUGUCAGCUCGCUGAAGAUUGAUUUACUUAUGGAUUUUUUAAACGAAUUCUAUGCUCAUCCUAGACUCCAGGAUUAUUAUGUGGUGAUUUUGUGUCCUACUGAAAUGGAUGUGCAAGUCCGAAGGGUACUGCAGAUUCCAAUGUGGUCCCAAAGAGUUAUCUAUCUUCAAGGUUCAGCCCUUAAAGAUCAAGACCUGUUGAGAGCAAAGAUGGAUGACGCUGAGGCCUGUUUUAUUCUCAGUAGCCGUUGUGAAGUGGAUAGGACAUCAUCUGAUCACCAAACAAUUUUGAGAGCAUGGGCUGUGAAAGAUUUUGCUCCAAAUUGUCCUUUGUAUGUCCAGAUAUUAAAGCCUGAAAAUAAAUUUCACAUCAAAUUUGCUGAUCAUGUUGUUUGUGAAGAAGAGUUUAAAUACGCCAUGUUAGCUUUAAACUGUAUAUGCCCAGCAACAUCUACACUUAUUACACUACUGGUUCAUACCUCUAGAGGGCAAGAAGGCCAGCAGUCGCCAGAACAAUGGCAGAAGAUGUACGGUAGAUGUUCUGGGAAUGAAGUCUACCACAUUGUUUUGGAAGAAAGUACAUUUUUUGCUGAAUAUGAAGGAAAGAGUUUCACAUAUGCCUCUUUCCAUGCACACAAAAAGUUUGGUGUCUGCUUGAUUGGUGUAAGGAGGGAAGAUAAUAAAAACAUUUUGCUGAAUCCAGGUCCUCGAUACAUUAUGAAUUCUACAGACAUAUGUUUUUAUAUUAAUAUUACCAAAGAAGAGAAUUCAGCAUUUAAAAACCAAGACCAGCAGAGAAAAAGCAAUGUUUCAAGGUCAUUUUAUCAUGGACCUUCCAGAUUACCUGUACAUAGCAUAAUUGCCAGCAUGGGUACUGUGGCUAUAGACUUGCAAGACACAAGCUGUAGAUCAGCAAGUGGCCCUACCCUGUCUCUUCCUACAGAAGGAAGUAAAGAAGUAAGAAGACCUAGUAUUGCUCCUGUUUUAGAGGUUGCAGAUACAUCAUCAAUUCAAACAUGUGAUCUUCUAAGUGACCAAUCAGAAGAUGAAACUACACCAGAUGAAGAAAUUUCUUCAAAUUUAGAGUAUGCUAAAGGUUACCCACCUUAUUCUCCAUAUAUUGGAAGUUCACCCACUUUUUGUCAUCUCCUUCAUGAAAAAGUACCAUUUUGCUGCUUAAGAUUAGACAAGAGUUGCCAGCAUAACUACUAUGAGGAUGCAAAAGCCUAUGGAUUCAAAAAUAAACUAAUUAUAGUUGCAGCUGAAACAGCUGGAAAUGGAUUGUAUAACUUUAUUGUUCCUCUCAGGGCAUACUAUAGACCAAAGAAAGAACUUAAUCCCAUAGUACUGCUAUUGGAUAACCCGCCAGAUAUGCAUUUUCUGGAUGCAAUCUGUUGGUUUCCAAUGGUUUACUACAUGGUGGGCUCUAUUGACAACCUAGAUGACUUACUCAGGUGUGGAGUGACCUUUGCUGCCAACAUGGUGGUUGUGGACAAAGAGAGUACCAUGAGUGCCGAGGAAGACUACAUGGCAGAUGCCAAAACCAUUGUGAAUGUGCAGACUCUCUUCAGGUUGUUUUCCAGUCUCAGUAUUAUCACAGAGCUUACUCACCCAGCCAACAUGAGAUUCAUGCAGUUCAGAGCCAAAGACUGUUACUCUCUUGCUCUUUCAAAACUGGAAAAGAAAGAACGAGAGAGAGGUUCUAACUUGGCCUUUAUGUUUCGACUGCCUUUUGCUGCUGGGAGGGUGUUUAGCAUCAGUAUGUUGGACACUCUGCUGUAUCAGUCAUUUGUGAAGGAUUAUAUGAUUUCUAUCACGAGACUUCUGUUGGGACUGGACACUACACCAGGUUCUGGGUUUCUUUGUUCUAUGAAAAUUACUGAAGAUGACUUAUGGAUCAGAACUUAUGCCAGACUUUAUCAGAAGUUGUGUUCUUCUACUGGAGAUGUUCCCAUUGGAAUCUACAGGACCGAGUCUCAGAAACUUACUACAUCUGAGUCUCAAAAAAUUGCAUCACAAUCUCAAAUAUCUAUCAGUGUAGAAGAGUGGGAAGACACCAAAGACUCCAAGGAACAAGGGCACCACCGCGGCAACCACCGCAACUCAACAUCCAGCGACCAGUCGGACCAUCCCUUGCUGCGGAGAAAAAGCAUGCAGUGGGCCCGAAGACUGAGCAGGAAAGGCCCAAAACACUCUGGUAAAACAGCUGAAAAAAUAACCCAGCAGCGACUGAACCUCUACAGGAGGUCAGAAAGACAAGAGCUUGCUGAACUUGUGAAAAAUAGAAUGAAACACUUGGGUCUUUCUACAGUGGGAUAUGAUGAAAUGAAUGAUCAUCAAAGUACCCUCUCCUACAUCCUAAUUAACCCAUCUCCAGAUACCAGGAUAGAGCUGAAUGAUGUUGUAUACUUAAUUAGACCAGAUCCACUGGCCUACCUCCCGAACAGUGAUCCCAGUCGGAGAAACAGCAUCUGCAAUGUCACUGGUCAAGACGCUCGGGAGGAAACUCAACUUUGAUAAAAAUAAAAUGAGAAACUUUUUUUCCUGCAAGGACCUUGCUUGAAACCACAAAAGUGUUGCUGGCAUGAAAGAAACUAGAUGGAAAUAUAUGUAGUUUUCUCAUAUUUAAAAACUUAGCCUCUUCUCUUAGAAGUAUAGAUCAUUUUGAAACUUACCUUACUACUUACUGGUACUUUCCUUAUUAAUAUUUGAAGAACAUCAAUGGAAUAAGUUUGAAAAGCGAAAUUAAAAUACAAAUAUUUAAAUCUGACAUUUAAUUGUUUUAUAAUAAUCCAAACUAUAUGAAACCAAUUUAAAAAAUUAUUAAGGUUUUAUGAAGUUGACAAAAUCUAUAUUUGGUGCAUAACAAUGGACACAAUGUUGUUGCCCCUCUUAAAAAUUAAAUGUGCCAUAUUAUAUUCUUUAAACUCACUGUUUUACAAAGUUGAACUCGUCAUAAAUGUCUAGUCUUCUCUACAUAGAGAUUAACUAACAAACUUGUGUGGCUGACUUUUGUGUAAGAAUCAUAGUUUGCUUUAGAAUACAAAUCUUUAAGUCAUUUUAACGUUUUUUGUCUGCCUUAUGAUAUAAAAAUAUUUAUCUUAGAAUUUGAGAUGUCAUAGCAUGUGUUAUUACACUGAAGUAACUAAAAUAUAAAUGAAAAGAAACACUAGGUUCCUGCACUUUUUGGUAACUUUAUGUCUAGCAAACAUUUUAUGCCAAGAAAAGCAUACUCUAAAGCAAAUAUCUAUUAUUCUCCUGAAAGAAUGCCUAGCAUAGAGAAAAUACUUAAUACACAUUUGUUGACUUAAAUUUAAUUCAAGGAUUGAAAUAUUAACUGGAUUUCUUGAAAUAUGUAGUAAUGAUUGUCAUUAGACUCUUGAGCUUUAUCAUGUUUCAUAUAUCUAUAUAGUAAAUUUCAUUAGAAAAAUACUUUUAAAAUUGACAGAAGAUAAUUUAUACCUUUUAUGAACCCCAAAGACACUUCAAAACAUUAAAAGUCCUUCUUAUGUCUUUGGUAAUGAAACAAUAACACUCAAAAAAGGUUGUAUUACAAAUUUUGGCUUAAUUUUUAAAUUAUAUGAACUAUAUUUUAACAUUAUGAGAGAAAAGCGUAAAACAAGAAUAGGUAGUUCUUGGCUUUUAACAUUAAUAGAAAUCGUGUAGAAUUUGAGUUAUAAAUUUAAAUAUAAAUUGACCAUUGAUAACACCAAUUUUUUACCUGUAUUGUGUUUUCUCCCUAGAGAAAUAGAUCAAAAAAGCGUAAGAGAAUGCAUACAUAGUUUUCUAGGUAGUGGAAGUGUGUUAAAAUGUGUCUUACAAAAGAAACAUUGGUAAAUUUAAAUAUAUACUCCUCUAAUUUUGUAUUUUUUAGUUUUUGAAUUUGGCAUUGAGUUUAAUUCAACAACAAAGAAUAGAAAGGGACAUUUUUGCCUUUCUUUUGAUAAUGACGCAGAUCAACUUAAAGAAUAAGAAAAAUUUUUAAGAAAAGAUAUUCUAAUGUUCUCUUAAUAAUUCUACAGAAAUAAAAGUGUAAAGUGCAAUGUGAAAUCAAAGAUUGUAGUCCUGGUAUAAUUUGGCUUGGAGACUAUGAAAUGCCUUUUUUCUUUUGAGUAUUUUACAUUAUCCAUAUUUUAGAAUAACAAGAACUCCAAGAAUUACCCCUAAAACAGAGAUCCUGCAUUUAAUCUACUUUGAUCAGAGAAGUAGAAUUUAUGACAGGUUACCUAAAAUUGGGAGCAUGCCUUAAAACUUAAAGAUUGUAUGCAUAUAUGUGUAUAUGUUAUAAACAUGUGAAAUAUAUUUGACACACAUUCACAUAUAAAUUGUUAAAAACUGAAGGCAGAAUGGAACUAAUAUAUGUAACAGAGAAAAAUAAUAAAUUUAAUGAACUUGUUUUAUAUUUGCAUAUCAAGAGUCAAGUAUGAUGUUUAAGUUAACCUUUUUUACUUCAUUAUUUUUAGGAUUAAAUGUAAAAUUUUACAAAUCUUUUAUUUCCCCACAAGAUUUGAUGUUUGGUAUUUUUGCAUUAUGACAGUUGUUGAAACUAGGAUUUUAAGCUAGGAUAUGAUUAUAUUUCCUAUAUAACUAAAAUUUUUGUUUCAUAAAUUUUAAAAUAAUUAUUUUUGACUAUGAACAUUAGUCCAAAUUUAAUAUUUGACACAGUUCAUACCAGCUUGCUACAAUAAUAAUUUAUUAGUCUUUCUCUUAUUUAAAGAAUAAAAACAUGUUUAUAAAAGACUUUUAAUGAACUGUUGCGUUUUUAAAAUAAUUAUACUUGCACAAGAAAAUAAAAUAUAAAGUCAGUAAUAGUCCUUGCAGCCCAAUGGGAAUUGAUUCUGUUUAUUGGUCUGUACCAUUUUGCUACCAGUAACAUUGAACUGCUUUAAAUAAAUAAUAAAAUUAUUUCUAAUGAUG